UAGUAUUUUUUAUAACCAAAUGACUGGUUCGUGAACAAGUAAAGUUAAAUAAAUGAAGCACCGUCUCUCGUGGCACUAGUGACCCUUACUUUAUCUGAAUAAUUGUACAUCUCGACAGUUAAUAAGUCGAACAACAUUUUAUCAUUUAAACGAUAGAUAUCAUUUCGCGCGGUUGUGGAGCGCCUGCGCAUUACGUACCGGUUUGACAAAUAAGCGACUGUAUAGCUAUAAUGGGUGGUAACUAUUCAGCUAUGGACCCGAUGGAGGUUCCCGUGCCUGAUAUCGCGAUAUUAUUCGAACGCGACGGUUAUUUGAAGCCAUAUGAACGAGAAAUCCGUCGCAGAUAUGGCUGCUACAAAGACCUGUGGGACAGGAUAGAAUCAUGGGAGGGUGGUGUAGAUGGGUUCACUAAGGGCUACAAAUACUUUGGGCCACAGUACAACUCGGAUGGUUCAGUGACGUGGAGAGAAUGGGCGCCAGGAGCACACAGUCUACAUCUACAAGGAGAAUUCAAUGGCUGGAAUUCAAAGAGCCAUCCAUUCAAAAAACUAGAAUACGGCAAGUGGGAGCUCACAAUACCUGCAAAUGCGGACGGAUCAUGUCCAUUAAAACACGACAGUCGCGUCCAGCUCAUAGUCAACGACCACUUGUACAGAUUGUCGCCUUGGGCCAGUUAUGUCAAACCAUUCGAGGGAUUCACUUAUCAACAGUUUAUUUAUAAACCUGAUCAUCCAUAUCAGUUCAAGCAUCAGAAAGUAGCGAAACCAAAGUCUCCCCGCAUUUAUGAGUGCCACGUCGGGAUAGCGACGCCUGAAGGAAAAGUCGGCACAUAUAACGAGUUCAGGGAGAAUGUUCUGCCUAGGAUCAAAAAUCAAGGUUACAAUUCCAUUCAGCUUAUGGCUAUUAUGGAGCACGCCUAUUAUGCAUCUUUUGGAUACCAAGUUACAAGUUUCUUCGCUGCCAGCAGUCGUUACGGCACUCCGUGUGAACUGAAGCAGCUGAUCGACCGCGCUCACGAGCUUGGUCUAUACGUGUUGCUAGAUGUGGUCCACUCUCACGCCUCCAAGAACACUCUGGACGGACUCAACGAGUUCGACGGAACCAACUCCUGCUACUUCCACGACGGAGCCAGGGGGACACAUGCGCUUUGGGACAGCAGACUGUUUAAUUAUUCAGAGACUGAAGUAUUGAGAUUCCUACUAUCAAAUCUGAGAUGGUAUCAAGAGGAAUACCAGUUUGAUGGAUUCAGGUUUGACGGCGUGACGUCAAUGCUGUACCACAGCCGCGGCAUCGGCGAGGGCUUCUCGGGGAGCUACGACGAGUACUACGGACUGAACGUCGACACAGAAGCGUUGGUCUACCUCAUGCUGGCUAAUGAGAUGGUGCAUAAGAUCGAUAGCAGAGCCAUCACUAUUGCUGAGGACGUAUCAGGCAUGCCAGCGUCCUGCCGGCCGGUGAACGAGGGUGGCACCGGCUUCGACUACCGCCUGGGCAUGGCCAUCCCGGACAUGUGGAUCAAGCUGCUGAAGGAGGAGAAGGACGAGGACUGGAAGAUGGGCCACAUCGUGCACACGCUCACCAACCGACGCUGGAUGGAGGGGACUGUUGCCUACGCUGAGAGCCACGACCAGGCGUUAGUAGGCGACAAGACCAUAGCGUUCUGGCUGAUGGACGCGGCGAUGUACACGCACAUGUCGACGCUGAGCGAGCCCAGCGCAGUGGUCGAGCGCGGCCUCGCCCUGCACUGCAUGAUACGGCUGGUCACACACGCACUCGCCGGGGAGGCCUACCUCAACUUUAUCGGCAACGAGUUCGGUCACCCCGAGUGGCUGGACUUCCCCCGCGCCGGCAACAACUCCUCGUACCACUACGCGCGCCGCCAGUGGAACCUCGUCGACGACCAGCUGCUCAAGUACAAGUUCCUCAACCAGUUCGAUAAGGAUAUGAACGACUUGGAGGAGAAGUAUGGAUGGUUGAGCUCCGCACCGGGCUACGUGUCUUGCAAGCACGAGGGCGACAAGCUGAUCGCGUUCGAGCGCGCGGGCUUGCUGUUCGUGUUCAACUUCCAUCCCUACCAGAGCUUCACGGAGUACAGGGUCGGAGUCAACGAGCCUGGUAAUUACAAGGCAGUCCUGUGUUCAGAUAGCAAGAAAUACGGCGGCUUUGGCCGCAUUGAGCCAGACGGCGAGUUCCACAGCACGCAGGGCGUACCCUGGGGCAACAGAAACGACUCAGUCCAGUUGUAUAUCCCAUGCCGCACAGCGAUUGUCUACGCGAGAGUUAAUUAAACAACAUCAAUAAUAAAAUAUAUUAGCUACUAAGUACAUCAAUUUAUAGACAAUAAGUAUGUUUAAAAUUCUUUAAAUAUUGUUUAAUCAGUAUGAAAUGCAUGUUAUAUAAAUGCCUAUUUUUGGAAAGAUUUUAUUUGGGAAGGUUAAGAUUGAGCUAUUGUGAUAGUACAAAUUCUAUAUUUUAAAAAUUUGUUAAAACAAUAAAUGAUCUGUUACGAA